GGUGUGGGCGGGGCUGCGGGCCCCGGCCGGGCCCUGUGAGGCGCGGCUCCAGGGUCGCCCGGUCGCCGGGCUCGGGGACCGUGUGCUGGAAGCAGGGACCCGCAGCGGCCUCGCGGGGCCGGGGCGGCGCGGCCGGGGUGCAGGUGGGUCUCGGAGUGGGAGGGGCCGCGGGAGGCCCUGGCGGGCGGCCUGUAGCCAUCAGACGCGGGGGCGGGGUGCGGGGGUACCCUCACUCGGCUGACCUGGCCGGUCCGGGCCCUGGGGGCGCGGAAGGUCUUGCCCCUCCCCGCUGCGACGAAGGCUCUCGUGGCACGUUGGCGCGCUGUCCCGGGGGUCCGCGGCUGGGGCGCGGGCGCAGGACAGCUGGCCCGGCAUCUGCGUCUGGGUGGGGUAGCGCCACAGUCCCCGCUCGGAGGCGGCCGUGCAGCGGGGUCUGGCGGUGCCCGCGCAGCGGGGCCGUGUGCCCGGCCGGCCCCGCGUGAGCCGCUUCCCAUCCGCGACCCUGGGACCCUGAGGAGUCGGUGCCGGGCUCCCCGCGCGCCCCCACAGCACACGCUGGCCCCGCGCCGCAGGCCGCAGCCAUGGACGCGGGCCGCACGGAGAACCUGUCGGUGGUGUACCAGAGCCAGGACUUCCUGGUGGUGAACAAGCACUGGGACCUGCGCAUCGACAGCCGGAUGUGGCGCGAGACGCCCACCCUGCAGAAGCAGCUGCGCCACCGCUUCCCCGAGCUCGCGGAUCCUGACACCUGCUACGGGUUCAGAUUCUGCCACCAGCUGGACUUCUCCACCAGCGGGGCGCUCUGCGUGGCCCUGAACAAGGCGGCAGCCGGCCGCGCUUACAAGUGCUUCAAGGAGCGGCGAGUCACCAAGGCCUAUCUGGCUCUGGUGCGGGGACACGUGCAGGAGAACCAGAUGACCAUCAGCUACGCCAUCGGCAGGAACAGCACCGAGGGUCGUGCUCACACCAUGUGCAUUGAGGGCACUCAGGGUACGCAGGGCUGUGAGAACCCGAAACCGAGCCUGACAGAGCUGGAGGUCCUGGAGCACGGGCUGUAUGCUGGCGCCCCUGUUUCCAAAGUGCUGUUGCGGCCCCUCACAGGCCGGACACACCAGCUGCGUGUGCACUGCAGUGCCCUCAGCCAUCCCGUCGUGGGGGACCUGACCUACGGGCAGGCGUUGGACCAAGAAGACCAGCCCUUCCGCAUGAUGCUGCACGCCUUUUAUCUGCGUAUCCCCACGCACACGGAGCGCGUGGAGGCCUGCACACCAGACCCCUUCGUGCCGGCCCUCGACGCCUGCUGGAGCCCCCACACCCUGGUGCAGUCUCUGGACCAGCUCGUCCAGGUCCUGAGGACUGCUCCCGACCCUGGUCCCACAGAAGGGAGCCCUGCGCCCUGCAGCACUCCCACGCCCCCCAGCAAGCCCCCCGAGACAGAGGCACAGCGGGCCUCCUGCCUGCAGUGGCUGUCGGAGUGGACUCUGGAGCCUGACAACUGAGAGCAGCAGGCUGGGCGGGAGUGGCAGGCUGGGCCCACGAGGGGGAUGGGGGCUGCCGGGGAGAGCCCUGGGCCCAUCCUGGGUAGGGGCUGUCCCUGUGUGCGGCCGCUGUGGGUGGAGCCUGAGGCCCCCACUGCGGAGACCAGACCCGGAGAGACGGGCAGGGCCAGCAGGGGGCGCCAGGCCGCCGGGAGUUUGGAGGUGGGCCCUCCCUGAGCACCUGCCCUCCUCUGGGAGGGGAAACCAAGGCCUGCCUUCCCGGCUCCCAAGCUUUGCUUCUCCGGGUUUGUUUUAUGGAUCUGCCCAGGGUCGCUGUCUCAGAGACAGAGCCCACGGUCAGGCCUCGCCUCCUCCUGGCCCUGGGCCUCUGAGCACCCUGCUCCGCAGCGCGCUCCUCAGACCUCCUGUGUCGGUCGGCCGCUCCCGGCUGGGUCCUCCCUACCUGCGGCCCGGAUUCACCUGCCCAGCCAGUGCUGCCUCGUGCCUUUGCUCUUACCAGACUCUGCUUGUGGGCCCCCGCCUCCCCAUCCACGCGGCACCUGGGGGAGGGUCUGAGCCGCGCCCCUGGGUCCUCUCCCAGGCCCUCAGGCUUCAGCUGGGAGCAGGGGUGGCUAGCACCCAUCUUUUCCAUCCCGAAUGUCCUGUCCGUGUCAGCCUAGUUGUAGCUGAGCUACAGGGCUUCAGAAUAAAUACUCAGUGACUGAC